AUGUAUUGCCAAAAAUGCCGAACACCGCUCAAACUCGACAGCUCUCUGGAGGACCUCAACCCGGCGGCAAAACGACAGCAGAUACGGCCCGCCAACGCCCCCGAUGCCGACCGACGAGCCCUCUACGACCACGUCUCGAAACAUGCUGGACCCUCGUCGUUUAAGCGGUAUAGCGGCGGUGGAAGCGGAGGCAGCGCCGAAAGCAGCGGAGGAUCGAUGCGCGACAGCUCGGCCAUGUCGUUCGUGCUUCUGUCGGACUCGACGAUUGCGGGCGGCCCAAGCCACGGCGGCAGUGCGGGGCCGGGCGCAGGCUUCGGCGGGACUGCCCCGGCGCGGUAUGGCAGCGGCGCAUCCGACGAGGACAAGAACAAGAAUUUUGGGACGGGGGAUGUUGCCGGCGCAGACGAUGACGAUGCAUCCAAGGCGCAGGGCAUGGAGCGCAUCACCAAGCUGUUUGAGAUCAUGUCGGCACGGUCCGACGUGGACCACCCGGUCUGUGUCGAAUGCACGGAGCUGCUUGUCGAGGGGCUGCAGCAGCGACUGGAUGCCGCCUCACGGGAGCGCGACGCCUAUGUGUCCUUUUUAAAGACGCAGCAGACGGACGUGCCGACGGCGGACGAGCUGCAGGCGCAGGCCGCGGCGCUGGCCAAGGCCCGGCAGCAAGAGGCCGACGCCAUGGCGGAGCUGCUGCAGCUGGAGGCGGAAAAGGGCCAGCUGGACGAGGAGAUCCGCGCGCUCGAGCGCGAGGCGCAGGCGCUGGACCGCGACGAAGAGCAGUUUUGGCGCGAGCGCAACGCGUUUGCCUCGAAGCUGACCGACUUCCAAAACGAGCGCGACAGCAUCAACGCCAAGUACGACCACGACGCGCGGCUGCUGGAGAGGCUGCAGCGGUCCAACGUGUACAACGACACCUUUUGCAUCAGCCACGACGGCACGUUUGCGACCAUCAACGGCCUGCGGCUGGGCCGCUUGUCGUCGCGGCCGGUCGACUGGCCCGAGAUCAACGCCGCAUGGGGCCACGCGCUGCUGCUGCUCGUCACCGUCGCCGACAAGCUCAAUUUCCGCUUCGAAAACUACGAGCCGCUGCCGAUGGGAUCGACGUCGCGGAUUGUGCGCUACGAGCCGCUGCCGUCACCCGCAUCGAGCCGGCUGGGCGGAGGUGACGCCCGCGGGGGGAGUGGGAGUGGGAGUGGCGGUGGCGGCGCGAGUGGCGGGAGUGGAGGCGGCUUUGGGGCGGCCAGCAUCCUGUCGCAGCGGCUGAGCGCACCUCCGCAAGCGCCCAAGAAGCACGUCCUGGAGCUCUACUCAUCCGGCGACAUGCCUCUCGGCCUGACGUUUAUGCACCGGCGCUUCGACAACGCCAUGGUGGCGUUUCUGGAGCUGGUCCGGCAGCUGGGCGUGUUUGUGCACCAGCAGACGUCUGCAGCCGGCGCCGGCGAGCGCCAACAUCCGCUGAGCCUGCCGUAUCGCAUCGAGGGCGACAGGAUUGGCGACGUGAGCAUCAAGCUGGGCAUUGCACAGGACGACGGCUGGACGAAGGCGUGCAAGCUGACGCUGACGUGCUGCAAGUUCUUGCUGGCGCAUGCGAGCAACGUGAACUCGUCGGGGAGAGGCUAA